AUGAGCAACAUGAACCAAACUAUUCUGGCAUUGAAUGCCCAGGGUCUGAGGUUGUUCGACCCUCAGGUCGUCAAGACCCGCAUCGCCGACGUCGUACUCAAGAAGACAACGGUUGAGGAGGCGCUGAAGAAGAUGCGCCGCGGACACAUUGACAAGGCUGUCGAGGCUGGGUACACCCCAGAACUUCGAGAAAAAGUCCUUGGGUGGUCAACCCAAUUCGCCGAGGUGGCUAACCAGAUCAGAAACGUCCAGGACGACAUCGAUCAGGUUUGUGCCAUGGAUGCACAGCUCAUCGAGGCAGCCAAAGCGGCUCAGAAGGCCGGGCAGCCGAUGCCGACUCCACGCGACCAUUUCCUCCAAGUGAUUGUCGAGCUUGGAAAGAACCAGCAUGAGUUCCAGGACGUGCUGGAUGCCCUGGGCGCAUCGGGCUCUUUCACGCCCGAAAUUCAGGAGAUGUUGAACGCAGCAGGACAGGCGGCUGACGCCGUGCUUGAAGGCGUUGAGUGCACGCAGCGAAGUCAGAUGCUCGGCUUCAGGGGCUCGCGACCCCCAGAGCCCAGCGUGUCGGGGCUGAAAUAUCGCCUUGCCUCCCUUGAGAAUGAGCUUGAGGCGGCUAGACAAGACGCCAAAGUCAAGGCCGAAUCCGUCAACUCCCUGACACGGGAUGUUGCUGAUCUUAGGGAGGAGCUGUCCAGCGAGAGGGCCAGUGCAAGGCGCCCACAGGUUGAUGCCACCAAGUCGGCUGCUGAGGUUGUCAGGCUAGAUAGAGUGGCUCGACAAGGGAGAGUCGAGGCCACCUCGAUUCAGUUGGACCUCGAUGACAAGUCUCAAGAGCUCAAUGCUUGCUUGGAGACCCUGGGCCAAAGGGACGAAGAGUUGAUAUCCACCAAGGCGAAGCUGCGCGACAGCGACGAGUCUUUGGUGGCUGCAACGGUGAAGCUCGGCGCCCGGGACCUUGAGAUCACUGCCCUUCGGAGCGUGCUGCAGGACCGAGAAGAAAAGCUGCGAGACUUCACUCAGCAGCUCACUGCCGUCCAGGACAAGUUGCAGGCCUCUGGACGGCAGCUCACAGCCGUCAAAGACGAGUUGCAGGACUCUAAAUGGCAGCUCACAAAGGCCCAGAAAGAUCUGUUGGAUCGAGAUGGCAGAUUACUGGACUCGAGGUCGAGCGAGCUGUCUAAACUCAGUGUGAAGUCCUCCAAAGAGCUGGCAAAUACCAACGCGCAAACAGCAUUCACUCAGCAACCCGAGGAGACUUCAGUCACCGACGUUGGCUGGGACACGAACGGGAUGGACUGCCUCGUUGCCGUCAUUCGGCGCAUCUACGCCUUCAUGCCCGGGUAUUUCCUCGAGAAUGAAGCAUUCGCUGCCGCCGAGGAGAAGAACCCCAUCCUCCGUUACGCCUGGCAGAUGCUCGAUAUUCCGGAAGAAGCGACCGACGCGACUCGGGCCCAGCAGGCAGCAGAGAAGAAGGCCGUCAUGUCCAAGUUGUUCCCUGGCGAUGCAGAGACAGCUACCCACUUCCAAUUUCUCAACUCAACGCUGAGCCUCAUGAGCGACACAUUUUGGUCCCUUCCUCAGUUCCACCUGUUCACUCCCCGCCUACAGAAGGAUGGAGGAGACUCAGUGUGGCGCGUGGUCCCUUGGGAUCCACCCCAAAUUGUCGCCCAGAGCAUAAUUGUCCUGGACCGCAUUGAUUCUCCCGGAAUGUCCCUCCAAGAAGCAGUCGAUUCAAAGUUUGGGGUGCAGAGAUGGUACGACCACGACCGCGAGGCCGAUGUCUUGCUUGUCUGCAAACGUCCCAGCGUUGUUCGUGUCCAUUACUACAACAACCCCGAUCAGCCAAGCCGUUCCUUCGACGAGCUACGCACUUUCGACAUGCCCUUUACUCGAUUCGAAGGAACCAAACCCGUCCCAGACGGUAGCUGCCGCUAUGCCCUCAUUGCUAUCGUAAGACUUUGUCCCCAGGGUUCCGAGGAUGUGGAACACGUGCGCCUGUAUGCGGUUGGUGGCUGUAACGCCAGUAUCCUUGCCAAGAACCCGGCCUUCAACGCGAGCGAAUGGUCCGUUGGAAGCCCAUCUUCCCACGCGUAUGCCUUGAUCUUUGGCCGUGCGGACCACACCAGGCUUGCAGGAUUCCCCGAGGUUAAUCCCGACGCCCCGGACACUCUCGAGGUCGAGGCAAUGAUACAUGCGGGUCUGCUGUCGCGCCGGGCUGUCUAA